AUGUCGUACCAAAAACCCGAGAAGGACUUCGGUGACGGACCCAAAAUCCACAAGAUCCGCAUCACCCUGACAUCGCGCAAGAUUCAGAGCCUCGAGAAGGUCUGCCAGGAGCUCAUCGAGCGUGCGAAGAGCAAGGACCUCCGCGUGAAGGGCCCCGUCCGUCUCCCAACCAAGAGCCUAAAAAUCACCACGAGGAAAACGCCUUGCGGUGAGGGGAGUAAGACUUGGGAUACGUAUGAGAUGCGCAUCCACAAGCGUUUGAUUGAUCUCAACGCACCUACGGAGGUUGUGAAGCAGAUCAUCGUUAACAUCGAGUCUGGCGUGGAGGUGGAGGUUACAAUCGCUGCUUAG